CGUCAACAGAGCCACGCUGAAAGAGGGCGUGUCCUGGGGCGAGUCCCAGCUUCUCAUUGGAUGUCAUGUGAUUGACGUGGUGACGUGUCGUUACAGCGCAGGACAUUUUUAAUGAAUCGCUCUUGUGUUUGAGUCCCAGACCAUGAACUACGUGGGUCAGCUGGCCGAGACGGUGUUUGUGACCGUGAAGGAACUGUAUCGCGGUCUGAAUCCGGCCACGCUCACCGGCGGCAUCGACGUCAUCGUGGUUCGUCAGCCUGAUGGCAGCUACCAGUGCUCACCGUUUCACGUGCGCUUCGGGAAACUCGGAGUCCUGCGAUCCAAAGAGAAAGUGGUGGAUAUUGAGAUCAAUGGAGAGCCUGUGAGCCUGCAUAUGAAGCUGGGAGAUAACGGAGAGGCGUUCUUCGUGGAGGAGAACGAGGAUUUUGAGACGAGGGUUCCCGCUCAUCUCUGCACCUCUCCGAUCCCCACCGAUGUCCCAGAAGUGUCCGAGGUGAUCGAGUCUCUCUCCAGCGCCGCAUCUUCCUCCAACCGCCGAAAAAAACGCCGCAGGAAACGGGCGCGUUCAGACACGCAUGUACAUGAGGAUGCCAGUUCCUCCUCAGACGAGAAAGAAAGUCUAGAUCAGGAUGUCCUCAAGGAGGAGUCGCUUUUGGCAGCAAGUAAGUCUGUGUACUACUCGCUGUCAGAGGAGCCCUUCGAGGAACCGUCUGGAGCUCAGAGCAGAGACGUUCAUCCUCACUCUGACGGAGAGUGUCCUGUGAAUGAAAGUGUGUUCUUCAGCCGUCCCUCAUCUCCUAAGAGUGAUUCGGAGUUAUGUAAGCCGCAGGAGUCUCUAGGGCCUCAGAUGCAGUGGAACUGGGGCGCUUUUCCCAAGGUGUGUCAGACAGAGAGGGAUGAAUCUGAUUCGCUGCGAGACCCGCCCAUCACGCCCCCUGACCACUCCCACUUCCGCACCAUCCAUCGACAAGCAUCCAUUGACAUGGACGGCACUGACUCUGCAGCGACGGUGACCGUGUUGAGACCAGAACCUCAGAUUGGAACAACCAGCCCUGUAACAUCAGAUGACACUCACACAGUUGUUUCGUCUCCGAUUGACACACAACUAGACGUCAAGGUCACCGAAACGCAUGUAGUGACCUUUCAGUCCGCAGACGACUCCCUCCCACAGACCCGGACUGCUCUGGAAAACAAAGAGACCAAAUACUUCGGUGCCAGCACAGACAGUGACACUCAGACGUGUAAUAUAACCAGCUCUACUAACACAAUCCAUGGGACCAGUGCUGACAGCAGUGCAGCUAGAGAAAGCCAAGAAACCUGUGAAGAGAAUAAUGUCUCGCUCGCCUCCAAAAUACAAACCAUCACAUUCGGUGAGACUGAAGCAAACACAGUUAUAGAAGCAGAAACAGAGGUAAACUCAGCACACACGAUCACUGUGAGUGGCUCUGUGGGAGACUCGGAGGAGUGGGCGGGAUUAGAGACUUCACUGACCAAUCAGAGUGCAGACGGUGCUGGAGUGACACCAGCUCUGGAGUCCAUCAUCAAAUCAGAGGAUCCGGCGCUUCUUGAGUCCUCGAAAGCGGCAGACUCUCAGGACAAGAGGAAAGUGAAGCGGAAUCAUCAUUUGGGACCGUCUGAUAUCUAUCUAGAUGACCUCUCCAGGCUUGACCCUGAAGUCGCUGCCCUCUAUUUUCCAAAGAGUGAGACCGAGUCGUCGGAUCUGGUCUCGUCUCACGGGCCGGAUCCGUCUCCUCCCUCGGGUCAGCUGUCUCCUCAGUCACUGGGCAGCGCUAACGCAGACAGCGGCACUGAAUAUCUGUCCGACUCUACCACAGACUCGCUGGACGUGACCAUGUCUCUGUGUGGGAGAGGAGACAUCAGUCAGAUCAGUAAAGAGAAGUUCAUGGAGCAUCUUGUGAAGUAUCAAGACUUUGUCAACAACCCUGGAAUCGUUGAAGACCCAAACCUUGUCAUCUGCAUCAACUCAAAGUAUUAUAACUGGGCUGUGGCGGCUCCAAUGAUUCUGUCAGUUCAGGCUUUCCAGAAGACUUUACCAAAGAGCACCAUUGAGCAACUAGUCAAAGAUAAGAUGCCAAAAAAGUCUGGCCGCUGGUGGUUUUCCUGGAGGAGGAAAGACCUGAACAAUAUUGCGGGAAGUCAGAAGCCUGAUGCGGAGGGGAAUCAGCUUGAAGCAUCUGCUGCUAUCGCUGGACCCUCUUCACUGAAGAGUUCUGUUGAGCUCUCGAGUGAUGAUGAUGGCUCUGUCUCCGUGAGGAAGAACAGUGAAGCGAUGAACACAGUGCAGUGCAUCAGUCAGAUGUACCGUAAAUCCCUCCGGCUGACCUCGGAACAGAUCGAGAGUCUGAAUCUGCGUGAAGGAGCUAAUACGGUUGUGUUCAGUGUGACCACACAGUAUCAGGGCACCUGCCGCUGUGAAGCUGCUAUUUACCUGUGGAGCUACGACGACAAGAUCAUCAUCUCAGACAUCGAUGGGACCAUCACCAAGUCAGAUGCUCUGGGGCACAUUUUACCGCAGCUGGGGAAAGACUGGACUCAUCACGGCAUCGCCAAACUAUAUCACAAGAUACAUCAGAAUGGUUAUAAGUUCCUGUACUGUUCGGCUCGAGCUAUAGGCAUGGCAGACAUCACUAAGGGUUAUCUGCAGUGGGUAAAUGAUCAAGGAACGGUUCUACCCAAAGGACCAGUGCUUCUGGCUCCCAGCAGCCUGUUCUCAGCCUUACACAGGGAGGUGAUUGAGAAGAAGCCGGAGGUGUUUAAGAUCGCCUGUCUCACUGAUAUCAGAGAUCUGUUCAGUCCCGUCACGCAGCCCUUCUACGCCGCCUUCGGCAACAGAACUAACGAUGCAUAUGCGUAUAAGGAGGUGGGUGUUCCUGAGACUCACAUCUUCACCGUGAACCCCAGAGGAGAACUCAUACAAGAAAAGACCAAAGGAAACAAGUCCUCAUACUCUCAUCUCAGCGAGCUGGUGGAUCACUUCUUCCCCUUCAUCUGUAAAGAUCCAACCACGUCCUUCGACUGUCCCGAGUUCAGUCAUUUCUCCUUCUGGAGAGAGCCGCUGCCUCCGCUGGACCUCGCUGACCUGAUCUAGACACAAACUAGCAUUUCUUCUCAUUGUCCUGUGUAUAUGAGCCGAAUGUGUCUGUGCAUUUACAGCCAGAGCAUUAAAACAGGAGACACACAAACCUGUGAAUCUACGCAGACACAAUGCUCAGACUCAGACUCAGACUUAUUGUCCUGUUUUGUGCUAAUAGUAUAACACUACACCGAGCAUCUCUUUCAUCAUCAGAAGUGCUCAGAGAAGCUCUUUUGACGUCACAGAUACAAACAAACACAUCAAACUGUGUCAACGCCGCCGUGUGCCUUCAUAUAAACCCGUGCACAGAUCUGAGCUUCUCAUGAUUGUGUGUUCAUUUCAACCUCUGCCAAAUAAUGGCCUUUGACCGUUUCUAGUCUUGUUUUAAAUUUGUGUUCCUUUUUAAAUGAUUUUUACAGUUACUUUAUUUGAGCGGUUACUGUAAGAGUGCACAUUUGUUUAUCAGCUGUAUUUUUAUUUAUUUUGAACUUUCAAAUUGAGCUAAAACAAAGACAAUCUGUAUGUAUUUCUCUUCCAUUUACUGUAUUUAAAAGAACAUUGGUACAAUAAAUAAAAAACACUUUAAAUUUCA